AUGGAUCUCCGUCCUUCAGGUGCGUUAUAUAUAAGCCAAGAGACUGGAGGAAUCAUCGUAGUCUCCAAGAUGAACCGACCAGUGAUCGUUGUUGUACUUGUACUCGCAUGCACAUUCAGCUGCAACGGGAUUAGCCCUGAGUUAAAGACAGCAAUUGAAGGAUGCAAAGCUGAACACAACAUUGAGUCUGACCAAAUAAAAGAAGCAAUUGGAAAUAAGAAACUACCAGAAACUGAAAAUGGACAGUGCUUUAUGUCAUGCGUGAUGGAAAAAAUGGGUAUGAUCAAGGAUGGUAAAAUUGACAUGGAUAGGGCUAUGGAACUUAAUGCACAGAAAUUCAAGGACCCAGAAAAUCUGCAAAAAGCCAAUGAAGUAGCAAAACGUUGUGCAGAUGUGCAAGCUUCAGAUACCAAAUGCUCCCUUGCUACAGAGCUAUUAAAAUGUGUUGUGAAGAAUGCAAAAGAGGUUCAACUGGAAUUACCUAAGGAAGAAUUAGAGUAAACCAGGGCCACUAAUAAUCAUCUGCAUCUCUAAAGAUUACCUCAACUAGAUUUUGUAUAAUAUUGAUUUGUCCUGUUCUGAAUUAAUUCUGAAUAUAUUUUCCAAGUAAAUUGUUGACUAUGAAUUUAAUGAAUAGAACAAUGUUAUUGUAAAAUCUUUUUUUUUUUUUUGUUGCAUUCCCUCAACUUCUUCAUAACCAUUUCUCCUUUUUCUUACUUUUUUACCACCUCUAUGGAAGGAUCCUUUGUUUUGUGAUCUCACACUUCAACUUGAUAAAGCAUCUGAUUUUUAGACAAUUUGAUAAAUUGUUGUGGAAAAUUACUUUAUUAUUUCUUAUGUAUUACUUGUAUCAAUGAGAUGUGUAUUUUAUUAAUGUAAAAGGUUUGUUACGUAUAAAUAAAUAUAAGAAUGAAGGUGGCAAAAUUGGUUCCGAACAGUGAGAGCUUGGGCAUGCUUUGGCUUGGGUCUGUUGGCCAGCGAAUUUACAAAAGCAAAACAAAGAAAACAGAUUCAAUAUAAAUAUUAGAAUUAUGAAAUCAUAUGAUUAAAU